GCCAAAGGCAGCAACCAACACGUGACCGGCAAUAUUUAACUUCGCAGUUCCCACAAAAGAGUAUUCGGCUCCCUCACUAGCUCAAAACCUCAACCGCAAUGUUGGACCGGACCUUCUCCGCCCGCCGCACUCAGCCCCACUCCAUAUUCGACGUCCCAACCUCCUCCGAUGUCCCUUCCAUCCCAGAAUCCCCCUCCUUACUCGCCGACGAGUCCAAAACAAAGAAACCACACCUCUACGUCUUGGCCGCCAAUUACAUUUCUCGCUUGGGACUCGUUAAAUCUCCGUGUCUCUGCCUCUCACUCUGUCUUCUUUUGAGCGUUUUCUUGCUUUUCUCUUUGAUGCUCAACUCUCGCUCCUUCAUUUGCCUUUCGUCAUAUGACCCGAUCUCUCGUGCCAGCUUCUUCGGCCUCGAUGGGCUCGAAUCCGAUUUCGGAUCUCUCGGCGUUCCUUGGUGCAGAUCGAAACAAGGAAAAACAGUUGAAUGGACAUCCAAAGAUUUAGUCAACGGCUUGGAGGAGUUUGUUCCAAUAUAUGAAACACGUCCAAUCAAAAACAACAUGUAUGGAAUGGGUUUUGACCAUAGCUUUGGACUUUGGUUCAUUGCCAGAUGGCUACAACCAGAUUUAAUGAUUGAGAGUGGUGCUUUCAAGGGACAUUCCACUUGGGUUCUGCGGCAGGCAAUGCCUGACUCACCAAUUAUCUCAGUCACACCCCGACAUCCUAAGAAGUACUUGAAAAAGGGGCCUGCUUAUGUUGAUGGAAAUUGCACGUACUUUGCUGGAAAAGAUUUUGUGGAUUUUGGACAUGUUGAAUGGGAGAAGGUGCUUAAGAAGCAUGGAAUUUCUGAUUUCAGCCGGGUUCUUGUCUUUUUUGAUGAUCAUCAAAAUGAAUUGAAAAGGUUAAAGCAGGCAUUGAAAGCUGGCUUUAACCAUCUUAUUUUUGAAGACAAUUAUGAUACUGGAACUGGAGAUCAUUAUUCAUUGAGGCAGAUAUGUGACCAGUUCUAUAUAAGAGGAGGCGGCCAUAGCUGCUUUAAGGACAGUGAUGAAGCCAGGAUUAGAUCAAAAAGAAAGAAAUUCUGGGAGAAGGCAUUGGAUGCAGAUGAACUGUGUACGCCAAAUGAAGCAUGGUGGGGUGUUCGAGGAGAGAUGCGGGAUAACUUUAAUCACAACAAUACCCAAAUCUCUCAUGCCGAACAUUUUCAAAAUAGUAGGUUUGUUGAGUCGAUUCUCGAUGUCUAUUGGGAGCUACCACCAGCAGCUGGUCCUUCCCUCACCCACCAAACUCGCUACGAUCCUGCCCGUGCACCAACACCUAUUGUCGAAGAUGGCAGGUAUCGUAUGUUUCAGCGGCUCGGUUUAGACAGGCUCGAGAGAUCUGUAUUUAAUGGAUAUACGCAGAUGGCGUAUCUGCAAAUUUCCAAACCCGAAUCAUGAAGUUAUCCAGGAUCAGGUAUGUUUCAGCUUCACUAGAUGAAACUUGUGUCAUUACUUUUCAUUUCCCUGUAGCGAGCUGUGAGUUUUCUCGUCUUAAAAAAGGAAGAAAAAAAGUCCGUGAUCCCCAGUUCUUAGGAUCAUACUCUGUGAUGUUUUUCCAAUGUUAAUCCAUUUAUGUGAUAAUCAAUCUAGUUCGCUAUCCA